CAUCUGUAACAACUGAAACUAAGAAUUUGACUAAAAAAUCAAUAAAAUUUUGUUGUGAUAUCGUUAAAUACAUCCCCGCCAUGGAUUUAAAAUGUCCCGCUACUGGUCCCAAAUGUCGUGCGCGCGCUGCUCAAAGUUUGAAAUCUCCCCCUUGUCCUACACCUUUUCCAAUAGCCGACAUGGAUGAAAAACCUUUUUUAACAACUACCUGUGCUUGGCAGACUCUUCAAGAAUAUUAUAACAAAUCGGGCAAUGAUUUAGUUAUUAAAGACUUGUUCGCGCAAGAUCCUAAUAGAUUUAAUAAAUUCAGUUUGAAACUUGCCACUCCUAAUGAUGGCGACAUCCUUAUUGAUUACUCCAAAAACCGAAUUGAUGAUCAAACAAUGCAACUUCUUCUCAAUCUGGCAAAAGAACGAAAAGUCGAGGAAGCAAGAGACAUCAUGUUUAAUGGAGGUAAAAUCAAUUUCACUGAGAACAGAGCUGUGCUUCAUAUUGCACUGAGAAAUCGUUCAAAUCGGCCUAUACUGGUAGAUGGAAAAGAUGUAAUGCCUGACGUGAAUGCAGUUCUUGAACACAUGAAGCAGUUUACUAAUUCUGUACUCAGUGGACAAUGGAGGGGGUAUUCUGGGAAGCAAAUAACUGAUGUUGUUAACAUUGGGAUUGGAGGUUCUGAUUUAGGUCCUUUGAUGGUCACAGAAGCCCUCAAACCAUAUAAUAAGGGCCUCCGGUUACACUUUGUCUCUAAUAUUGAUGGCACUCAUCUAGCAGAAGUGCUAAAGAAAAUUGAACCAGAAACCGUGCUUUUCAUUAUUGCCUCUAAAACUUUCACAACUCAAGAAACAUGUACAAAUGCACAGUCUGCCAAGGAUUGGUUUUUAGCCUCAGCUAAAGAUCCUGCCGCAGUUGCCAAACACUUUGUAGCUUUGAGCACCAACGCUGCCAAAGUAUCCGAAUUUGGAAUUGAUACUGCCAAUAUGUUUGGAUUCUGGGAUUGGGUGGGAGGAAGAUACUCUUUAUGGUCUGCCAUUGGACUUAGUAUUUCUUUAUCUAUUGGAUUUGAUAAUUUUAGCCAACUUCUAGAUGGUGCUCACCACCUUGACAAACACUUUCAAACUGCACCAUUAGAAAAAAAUGCUCCAGUUAUUCUCGCCUUGUUGGGUAUUUGGUAUGACAACUUCUAUGGCUCUGAAACUCAUGCUCUUCUUCCAUAUGACCAAUACCUUCACAGAUUUGCUGCUUAUUUUCAACAAGGUGAUAUGGAGAGUAAUGGCAAAUAUGUUACUAGAAGUGGUCAGUUGGUGGAUUAUUCCACUGGUCCAAUAGUGUGGGGAGAACCUGGCACAAAUGGUCAACAUGCUUUCUAUCAACUGAUUCAUCAAGGUACACGAACCAUUCCUGCAGACUUCAUUGCUCCUGCACAAACUCACAACCCCAUAAAUAAUGGUGUGCAUCACAACAUCCUGUUGGCUAAUUUCUUGGCACAAACUGAAGCUCUCAUGACAGGAAAAACAGAAGAUCAGGCUAGAGCUGAGCUUCAGAAGCAGGGUCUGCAAGGGGAGGAGUUAGAGAAAAUACUGCCUCACAAAGUGUUCCAGGGAAAUAGGCCCACUAAUAGUAUCGUGCUGAAGAAGGUUACGCCCUUCACAUUGGGUGUAUUGAUUGCACUAUAUGAGCACAAGAUCUUCACUCAGGGAAUUAUUUGGGAUAUAAAUUCCUUUGACCAAUGGGGCGUUGAGCUGGGGAAACAGUUGGCUAAAGCCAUCGAACCAGAACUGCGAGAUAACAGUCCUGUAUCGUCUCAUGAUGGCUCCACCAAUGGUCUCAUAAACUUUAUAAAAGCUAGCAGAUAAAUUUUUCCGAGAGGUUUUUAUGUACUGUUAUUGUGACGAAAAUAAUUUAUACUUGCUCAUUUUGGGCAAAAUAUAUUGGUUGUAUACUUUGUUUUAAAUAAAAUAUUUAUUCAUUAGUAUUUUGUUUUUGGGUAAAUAUGGAAUAAAAGUAGAACUCCAAG